AUGUGCAUAAAAGAUCUCACACGGGGGAAAAGCUAUAUUCCUGUCCUGAGUCACAUCAGAGAUCUCACACGGGGGAAAAGUCAUAUUCCUGUCCAGAGUGUUGGAGAUGUUUUUCAGUGA